ACCAAAACACACCGGAGUCGUUCAGUUGCCAACGGGAAAGGGCUAGGCUCUGCUCCCUCUUUUGUCAUGGGCGACAUCCAGAACCUCUCAUCGUUUGAUCCCUUCGCCGACUCGCAGGAGGAGCGCCGCGACCAAACCAAGGUCCAUGUCCGGGUGCAGCAGCGCAGCGGGCGCAAGUGUAUCACGACGGUGCAGGGGCUGGCGGACGACCUCGACCUGAAGCGCAUCCUCAAGGCCUUUAAAAAGAACUUCAGCUGUAACGGCGCGAUCGUGAGCGAUACGGAGGGCGGCGAGAUCGUGCAAAUGUCGGGAGACCAACGGACAAACAUCCACGAGUUCCUUGUUGACCAGCAGAUAUGUGUUGCAAGUCAGGUGGUGCUGCACGGAUUUUAAGUCAUCAAACACAUCACAGGUUCCGCCGCUACUACUGCGGUGGUCGUGGUGGGUUUGACGUCGUCGUCGUCCGCACCUUUUCUUAGGAGGAGGACAAAUAUAGGAGGCGAUCUACCACGUCUCCAGGGACGGAAGAGCAAGACAUCUCCGGAGACUGGAAGCUGCUGCGGGCGACGAUCGGCGGCAAUACCAGUGGCGGCAGUCUCAGCAGCAAGCAGGUCACCGCGGCGGAGGCCGGGGUGGUGCUGCUGCUGGGGUACGGCAAGCUUUCGCGAGUGUUUUUUUGGACGACGCGUGCGCUCUGGUGUUGUUGUGCGCCGCUUUUUUCCCCCUGCAACUAUAUUUUUUUGGCGUGGUACCUUCGGUGUACCUCAAACGCUGUUGCUUGUUCAUGCCGGGGGUCCAUUCCGGUAGGGGGGUCUGUUUCUUUUGCAUGGGAUAUAGGCCCGGUUCGAUGGUUGUAGGGCAGGAGAACCUCAAGUAAAUAUGGCCAGCCAGAGGGAUUGGAGCCUAGAAUAGACCUCCCCGCCUUGCCCGCCGAUCGCUGCACACAGCAGUACGUGAGGGAAAAGGGGACGGGGCGCUGAUGUUCGAAGGAUGGAAUCGGUCGAGUCGAAGAGGCGAGGGUUCCUUAUCACCGUGCAAAGAGAUGUUGGCACGAGCAGCAAGCAAGGGACGGGGCGGGUUGUACUGGUCUGGGGAUUGAUGCUCGAUCUCUUGAUCUCUUGUCGUACUCUUCGAUGCUGCAUUCCAAGACGUUGAGAGGCUUGUCUAGUGUCCACGAAUGAUGAACGAAUGGCUGAAACUACUUGGCAUUUUGUACGGAAGCGGGCGCGGAGACUAAAAGUAGUGUGUUUCGUUCGAUUGACGUACUUGUAGGUGUCUUUGGUUGUUGCACUGACCCUCCGCAAGCGUAGAGGCGCCUAACUUUACCGCGCAUGGCAAUGAGAGUGCCCCCGGGCAGCACACACUUCGUUCGUGCGCGUACACUGCUCAUCCACGAACGCGAUCAAAGUACAUUUGGGUGUGUAGCCCUAGACUCGGGGACGUGAUUACCCCCAGCCAGCCAGUGCUGUACGUUGUCAUGAUGGUGCCGGGUUUCACAAUACAAAGCACCCAUUGCAAGAU